CGUCAUCAGGCUGCGCCGUCCGGCGGAAGUGGCGCAAUCGUCCCGCGCUGCUCGUCCCAGGCUCCGGUAGCGGCGGCGACCUUUUUUUUUUUUUUAAACUCAAAUGGGUGAUGAAAAGGAUUCUUGGAAAGUGAAAACUUUAGAUGAAAUUCUUCAGGAAAAAAAACGAAGGAAGGAGCAAGAGGAGAAGGCAGAGAUAAAGCGUAUGAAAAAUUCAGAUGAUAGGGAUUCAAAGCGGGAUUCUCUUGAAGAGGGGGAGUUGAGAGAUCAUCGCAUGGAAAUAACCAUCAGAAAUUCACCUUACAGGAGGGAAGAUUCUAUGGAAGACAGAGGAGAAGAAGAUGAUUCCUUGGCUAUAAAACCACCACAGCAAAUGUCACGGAAGGAAAAAACUCAUCAUAGAAAAGAUGAGAAGAGGAAAGAGAAACGCAGACACCGUAGUCAUUCAGCAGAAGGGAAACAUGCCAGAGUGAAAGAGAAAGAACGGGAGCAUGAGCGUAGGAAGAGACAUAGAGAAGAGCAGGAUAAAGCCCGUCGUGAAUGGGAAAGACAGAAACGGAGAGAGAUGGCAAGGGAGCAUUCCAGGAGGGAGAGAGACCGCCUGGAGCAGCUGGAGCGAGAACGGGAGAGGAAGAUCCGAGAGCAGCAAAAAGAGCAAAGGGAGCAGAAAGAACGAGAGAGGAGAGCUGAGGAGAGGCGUAAGGAACGGGAAGCCAGGAGAGAAGUUUCUGCUCACCAUAGAACAGUGAGGGAAGAAUAUGGAGACAAAGUAAAAAUGAGACCCUGGAGUCGCAGCCCAUUACGACAGCAGAGAGACAAGCUUGAGCAAGCAGAUAGCAGGAAACCAGUAAAAGAAGAGAAACCAGAAGAGAGAGAUCCUCUUUCAGACUUGCAAGACAUCAGUGACAGCGAGAGAAAAACCAGCUCAGCAGAGUCCUCAUCAGAAUCUGGAUCAGGCUCAGAAGAAGAAGAGGAAGAGUCCAGCAGCGAAGGUUCUGAGGAAGAAGGAGAGGAAGAGGAGGAGGAGGAGGAGGAGACAGGAAGCAAUUCUGAGGAGGUGUCUGAGCAGUCAGCUGAAGAAGUGAGUGAAGAAGAAAUGAGCGAAGAGGAGGAACGGGAGAAUGGAAACCACAUCCCAGUUGUUACAGAGUCGAGGUUUGACCGAGAUUCGGCAGGAAGCGAAGUGGAAGAGGAGGAGGCAGGGGAGGGUACCCCUCACUCCAAUGCCAUGACAGAAGGAGACUAUAUCCCUGAUUCACCAGCUUCCUCCCCCAUUGAGCUGAAACAGGAGCUUCCCAAGUAUCUCCCUGCACUUCAGGGCUGUCGCAGUGUGGAGGAGUUUCAGUGCUUGAACAGGAUUGAAGAAGGAACAUAUGGUGUAGUGUACAGGGCAAAGGACAAGAAGACAGAUGAAAUUGUGGCCCUGAAGAGGCUGAAAAUGGAAAAGGAGAAGGAAGGGUUCCCCAUUACGUCUCUGAGAGAAAUAAAUACAAUUCUGAAAGCACAGCAUCUAAAUAUUGUCACUGUCAGAGAAAUUGUGGUAGGCAGCAAUAUGGACAAGAUCUAUAUUGUCAUGAACUACGUGGAACACGAUCUCAAGAGCCUGAUGGAAACAAUGAAGCAACCAUUCCUGCCAGGUGAGGUGAAAACUUUGAUGAUCCAGUUACUGCGAGGAGUCAAACACCUGCACGACAACUGGAUCCUGCACCGGGACUUGAAGACUUCCAACCUGCUGCUCAGUCACUCGGGCAUUUUAAAAGUUGGAGACUUCGGACUAGCCCGAGAAUAUGGCUCCCCGCUGAAGCCCUACACACCUGUGGUUGUGACACUCUGGUACAGGGCUCCAGAAUUGCUGCUGGGAGCUAAGGAAUACUCAACAGCAAUAGACAUGUGGUCAGUGGGGUGCAUAUUUGGAGAGCUGCUAACGCAGAAACCACUGUUUCCAGGCAAGUCAGAAAUUGACCAGAUCAACAAAGUUUUUAAGGAUUUGGGGACUCCAAGUGAAAAAAUCUGGCCUGGUUACAAUGAGCUGCCAGCAGUAAAGAAGAUGACCUUCACAGAGUACCCCUACAAUAACCUGCGCAAGAGAUUUGGAGCUCUCCUCUCUGAUCAGGGCUUUGAUCUGAUGAACAACUUUUUGACAUACUACCCAGCCAGAAGGAUCACUGCUGAGGAUGGUCUGAAGCAUGAGUACUUCCGAGAGACUCCCCUGCCCAUUGACCCCUCCAUGUUUCCCACCUGGCCAGCAAAGAGUGAACAGCAAAGGGUGAAGCGUGGCACCAGCCCACGGCCACCCGAGGGAGGCCUUGGAUACAGCCAGCUGGGUGAUGACGAUCUGAAGGACACAGGCUUUCACCUGACCACCACUAACCAAGGAGCAUCUGCUGCAGGACCUGGCUUCAGCCUCAAGUUUUAACCUCAACCUGAAAGAGAGGAAGACAGGAAACCCCCCAAACUGUUCAUGUGAGUGGAUUUCUGAGUGGCCCAGUUCUGUUCUUCACAUCAGGGGCAUUUGAUGCUUUUCACAGGGGGGAAAAAAAUAACUCAGCUAUCAUCAGAGGCAAAGGCUCUUGCUGGGUGUGGAGUUUAACUGCUGCAUUCCAUUAGAGGACUGGAAUUAACCUGAAAAGCCAAGGAUCAGUACAGAAUUCACAGGAAAACUUGAAGUACAAUCCUGGAGUAGUUUCUGUUUGAAUUUUAGGGUUGUUUUUUUUUUUCUGUUGUUUUUUUUUCCUUUGUGUUGUCUUUACUUUUUUUUUCCUUGUAAAUUUGUAGAAUUAAAAUACAUUUUUAAUUGUUUGAAGUGUGAAGGAUUUCAUUUCUUCACAUGCAGCAAACUCAGAUGCUGGUGGCAUUAAAUCUUUUAGAGUGGAAACUUUAUUCCUCUUGCUGCCACUGCUUCAAUAGUGUCAGGCUGGGCAGGCAGCUUCUUGGGUUUUGUCUUUAAGUGAAUUGUGUCUGAAUAUACUGAGGGCAAAAACCCAUCACAGUCCUGAGGUUUCUUUCCUGUUGUGUGCCUUGGAGAGAGCAAGGAUGGGUUCAAUACUGAGAAGCUUUUUGGGUGCACUGCUGAGAUGAUCCCUGUGGGUGUUGUACACAUGGACUGAGAGUGGCACUGGUGCAAGAGAAAUGCUCCUUUGCUUUAUAAAUCAAGAAAGAUUUGCUGUGGAGACCUGAAACUUUAUUUUCUAUAGAAAAUUCUUUUCAAGAUGCCCUUUUUCCAUUGAAAACAAGAAAACAGCUUAGCUUUGCUGAUUGUAUCAUGCUGAAUUCCAGUCCUUUCUCCUUAGAGUAAAAAAAGCAGAGGAAUGAUGUUGAGAUACCACAUCCUUUUGAGGCUCUGAUCUUUCUUUUCUGGGAAGAGAAAGAUUUGGGAAAUACUUGGGGGUGCUCAUGCUUCUCAGAACUGGGCACCAGCCCAGGCAAAGGAUUAAGUGAGAUGCUAAACAUUCCAUCAAUUUCAGUACAUUAGAGAAGCUUUUCUGGGUAAAGAUCUUGGACCUGGAAUUUGGAUGUGGUAAAUGUUGAAAGCAGUGGUUUGUGGUGGUUGUUUUCUUUUCCCUCUGGAGGAAUGCAGAACUCUGUGUGCUCUUCUGGCCUGAUUGAUUGCUUGAUGCUGAAGGAGCCACAGUUCUGUUACCAGGCUGCUAACUGACCUCUCUUUUAGCAAGAGUCUUCCUAGGUGGAGAUCAAUAACUACUGAAGAGCAGAGGUUUGCAGCACCCCCCCUGCCUUGUAGAAGGGGCCUGUGCUAAGCUCUGAGGGGGGUCAGAGCUUGACUCUGGUUUUCAUUCCAAGCUGUGCAUGGUGCACUUUGUGAGAUGAUUUCCUUCCAGGGCCAUGCUCUGACAAAAAGAUUGUUUGGGUUAGUUUUAGUAAAACAAAGGAAAUCUAAAUGCUGGAUUGCAGUGGAAAUUCCAUGUGGCUUGAGAGCUGUGUGCUUCAUUGUUGCUACAGAAAGGAAGGGUCAGCUCCCCAUGAGCAGUGCAGCACUGUUUGGCUAUUGCAGCUUAGCUUCUCUUGCCUCUGCUGUCUGGGUUUGCAUUCAGUACUUGUCUUUUCCUGUGCUUAACUGACCAUGCAAAGAUGUUUUUCUGUGAUGGUUAAAACUGUCCUAGAGCAGAGGAGAACUGCACUGCUAGAGCCUUUCUGCUCUAACACCAAGGGCUUCCUAGACUUCUGCCCUGUACUGCAGCGUGGGAGAGGCUUUGCAGUUGGUGCUUUUGAGCAAGAAGAAACUUGUUUGCUUCAAGAGGUUACAAGGACAAAAUGAUAAACCUCAGCAACGUGACAAGGAUCCUGCUGAAUGCAAGGACUACCAGGGACUCCUGCCUGCACAGGAACACUCCACUGCUGUGGACAUGAGGGCACCAGGCUUUGCCUGCCACUGCCAGUGCUGGGCUGUUGGCUGUAGCACAUUUACCUCCCCAGGUGGGGGCCUGGGGGAGGACAGUGAUGGAAGUUACCUCAUCUCUGCCGCAGGAGUCAUGAGGCUCCUCCAUCAGACACCUGAAGGACAAGUUCUGAGGAGCUGCUGGUGGAGCACCUCCACCACAGUACAGCUGAAGCCUGGAUCUGCUCCUCCAGAUGUUGCAAGCUCCAGCAAGCCACAGGUUAUCUGCAAACCCUGACACUGGCCUCUUUCUUCUCUUUUGUUUGACAAAAGAAGGUUUAAUUCUCUGUACAGCACAGACUUGAUAAAACCUUUCUCAUUAAACCCACUUUGGUGAAGUUUUACAUUCCAGUAA